AUGAUAUACCAUGGCGCAUUCGAUGCCACACGCACCGAACUUCAACGACGCCUGGAAGCAACUGGGGAGGUCGUACCCCAAUGGGCCUAUACCAUGUACAGCAGGACACAUUCUCACUCGACCACACAUGAGGUUUUGGGCGUUGUUGCAGAACAAGCGCAGCUGUGCUUUGGUGGAGAAGGAGGCCCAGGACGUUUCGAGCCUACAGUGCGACAGGGUGACUUGAUUGUCGUGUCUGCUGGGGUGGGUCACCGUCUUUUACGUGAUCUCGGCGAGCAGAAAUUCCAGACGGUCGGCUCCUACCCUGCCGGGAAACACUGGGACAUGUGCUAUCGCGAGGCAGGGGAGCAGGAAAAUAUCGACUCGAUCCAUGAUCUGGCUUGGUUUCAGCGUGAUCCCUUGUAUGGUGAUUUGGGACCGGCUCUACAGGUGUAG